ACACCGCGCUGCUCUCUCCAGUCGUGGCCAUACAUACAAUACUGGCAGUAGCCGCCGCAACGAAUGGAGGCGAACGGGUGUCAGAGACCAAAUCACCAAGGAUUUUUUUCGCUAUCAAAAUAGCUUUCCCUCGGAUGCAAGAAGGAUUUUAAGACGAAAAUAUUUCAGCGGACAGAAGAAACGCCACACUGUUUUUGAAAAGUCGAAUCGCUUCUUUUUUUCCCCCGAACAGAUCGAUUGACUGUCAUUUAAAAAAGGGCGUGUGUGCGGGGUGAAGGCAGUUUUAACCAUUUAAUGUGGGCAUAUAUGGUAUUUUAUAUAUUUUUUUACACCACCUGGGUCUGAGGGAUACAGUCGAGGAUGGGAUGCACACUGAGCACAGAGGACAAGGCGGCGGUGGAGCGCAGUAAAAUGAUCGACAGGAAUCUGCGGGACGACGGGGAGAAGGCAGCCAGGGAGGUCAAGCUGCUGCUGCUCGGUGCUGGUGAAUCAGGGAAAAGUACAAUUGUCAAGCAGAUGAAGAUCAUCCACGAGGCAGGCUACUCAGAAGAGGAAUGUAAGCAGUACAAGGCUGUGGUCUACAGCAACACUAUCCAGUCCAUCAUCGCCAUCAUCAGAGCCAUGGGGCGCCUCAAGAUCGACUUUGGCGAUGCCGCAAGAGCUGACGAUGCACGGCAGCUGUUUGUGCUGGCGGGCUCAGCAGAGGAAGGCUUCAUGACAGGAGAGCUGGCCGGUGUCAUUAAGCGACUGUGGAAGGAUGGAGGUGUUCAAGCCUGCUUCAGCCGCUCCCGUGAAUAUCAGCUCAACGACUCGGCAGCAUACUACUUGAACGAUUUGGACAGGAUAUCCCAGGCCACCUACAUCCCAACUCAGCAGGAUGUCCUGAGGACCCGAGUCAAAACCACAGGCAUUGUGGAGACACACUUCACAUUCAAGGACCUGCACUUCAAAAUGUUUGAUGUUGGUGGUCAGCGGUCUGAGAGGAAGAAGUGGAUCCAUUGUUUUGAGGGUGUGACCGCCAUCAUCUUCUGCGUGGCCCUCAGUGACUAUGACCUGGUGCUGGCUGAGGACGAGGAGAUGAACCGAAUGCAUGAGAGUAUGAAGCUGUUCGACAGCAUCUGCAACAACAAGUGGUUCACAGACACCUCCAUUAUCCUCUUCCUCAACAAGAAGGACCUGUUUGAGGAGAAGAUCAAGAAGAGUCCUCUUACCAUCUGCUACCCAGAAUACGCUGGCUCCAACACAUAUGAAGAAGCAGCUGCCUACAUUCAGUGUCAGUUUGAGGACCUGAACAAGAGGAAGGACACCAAGGAGAUUUACACCCACUUCACCUGCGCCACAGACACCAAGAAUGUGCAGUUUGUCUUUGACGCUGUCACCGAUGUCAUCAUCAAGAACAACCUGAAAGACUGUGGUCUCUUCUGAGGAUAAUGACAACGAAGAUGACAACCUUUUUUUCUUGGCAGUGGAGCCAGUUUAUUGUGCAUCUUUGGUGGGGAAGAUGAAAAGAGUCGGGAGGAUCAGUCACGGACCAGUGCUGUACUAUAUGCCACUUUUAACAGCUUUAUUUAUGUUUUUGUCUUGGAACAUUUUGAACUAGCAUUACGACAUUUGUGUAGGAUGUUUGUAUCAUUGUAAAAGCGUCACUGCAAAUUUUCCGCACAUUUUUAAAAUUUACUUUUACCAUUUUGUUUUUUGUUUUUAAUUUUUGAGGAGUAGGAGGAGGUGUUUUUGCUGUUCCUUCUGCCGCUGUCUCUCGAAAAGGAAACUUUGCUGUUGGUGCAAAGGCUUCUUUUCUUCCUUCCCUACAACCAAAAGGGAAGAAAAGGGGUUUGAGUCCAGUUUGAUGGUACUUGUGCCUUCAAAUGCCUUUUACUGCGGUCGUAGUCCCAAUGCUUGUUCUGUUGCCUGCUGAAUUGUUCUAAACAUAAAGAGGUAAACUGUUUUCAUAUGUUAGUGUCCUUGCUAUCUUCUAUGUGCACACCACUGAGCUAUCAGGAGGAGGAAGAUUUUCCUCUGGUCUAAAGGUACAUGGGUCUCCAUGGUGGCCAACAUGUAGCCUCCACAGUCCCCUAACCCCCCACCCCCACCCCCACCCGCCAUGACAAUGGAAGGCCUACUGGCGAUCACACAGUACAAUACUGAGAUGUAUAUUGUUACAUUUACCCCAAAGAUCUGGGGGUCUGCUUUUUAAACAGUGUACAAAAUAUCCAUUCUUCCCAACCAUUCGGAAAAUGGUUAGUUGAGGCACUGAGCUUAUAAUAUGCUCAAGUGUUUAAAGUGGAAAGACCAGAGUAGGCACAUUUUAAUGUAGAUUUUAAUGUAUUUGGAGGAGAGUUUUGGAGUUUUUGGUGUUAAUGAGAAAAACUGAACCACAGAAAAGAUGGUUGUAAAGGUGAGAAUGAGGUCUGAAAUGUUUUAACGUUCAGACAAUGUUCUUGGAUCCUGUCUAGUGAUGAUUUGAGAGUAGAGGCGCUGCUUGAGGAUCCAUGAAGCCUUUCAGUCAGGUGAUGGAAACUAAGAUGGUCAAGGGAGCCUGGUCUGUGAUUUUCGAUCAGUACGACUUUGCCAAGAAGAGUGAUAAAUACGGUCCUGGAUCUGUUCAUAUAAAGAAACUGCCACAACUGUUGAUGUAUGUGUAUGUUCUCCACGGAUGGAGAAUCUUUGUAGACUCAUCUCCCUUAUUUUGCUAAUAAAAACCAUUUACAAACCA